AGCUGUUGGUUUGGUCUGUGCGCGUAGGCGAUCCGAAGUUUCCGAACGCGACGCGCCUCAAUAUUACUCACGUGGGUCGUAUUUUUCGCGUCAGCAACUGCUCGUAUGUACGUUGUACACUGACAGGAGCCCUUUCUGUCUCCCUCAGCUCUCCUCCAGCUCGCAUCCGUCCAAAAACUCUUCUUUAGUGUACUCAUGUCUGUGCAGCCUGAGGCAUCCGGCAGCGUACUUCCAAAAUCCCAACCUCCACUCUGCGUCGUCUGUCAUGUCAAGCCCGCGAUCUACACUUGCCCGCGGUGCAACAUGCGAACGUGCUCCAUGCCGUGCGCCAACCAGCACAAGUCUCUGGCGGACGGGUGCUCCGGCGUGCGCAACAAGGCCGCGUACGUGUCCAUGAACAAGUACGGGUACAUGGCGCUCAUGAGCGACUACACCUUCCUCGAGGAGAUGGGGCGGCAACUGGAUUUCCGGGACAUCGAGAUGGAGAUGCUUCCCAACGGUAUGGAGCGGCGGAUCCUCAACCAGUCGACGUGGGAUUUCAAAAAUCGCACUGCGCUGCUCACCAUCGAGCUUAAGUUCCAUCCGCCUCCCGAUCCAUUACAGCCCUCUUCACAACAGAAACGACAACCGUUCUCCCUCCUGACGCACCGCAAUGCACUGGAGAGGCCUCUGCUGGAGGUCAUGCGUGCGCAGGUCGCGGAGCGCAAGAAGUCCAAGAAGGGAGACCCAUUCCCGACGUGGAUCAGCUCCCUCAUCGUCCCCGACCCUGACGACCCCGAAGGCUUCACCAUGCCCAUUUGCGUCAUGCAGACGCCGCUCGACCCCCUAGCUUCCUUGGAUGCCCGCCGCAAUGCCGCGGGCCCACGACCAGGGCAUGUACGCUGCGAAGCGUACUACAAACUGGAUCCGGCGAAACCGAUCGGUGUCAACUUGAAGCACAAGAACUUUGUGGAGUUUCCGACGAUCGAGAUAUGGGAAGAGGGAUCCUUCCAUGGGACGAUAGUUGACGACCAAGGCAGCGUCCAGCGGGAAGCAGAGGAGCCGACGCCCAAGCGACGCAAGUUGAGUGUGCGGGAGGGGAAGAAGGCUAUCAACGGUCUGCUUGGAGGGUACGGAAGCGAGGAAGAAGAGGAUGACGGACUGCUGGACGAGGAUGCCGAGGGUGAGACAGACGAUGAACUAGAAGCAGGCCCUGAGGACCUCGCUGUGUUGCUGGAGCAGCUUCGCCAAGCUGGCGCGCUUCGGGACCCAGAGGGCGACGAGGAGCAGGUGGAUUGGGGCGACUCCGGAGAUGAGCACGAGGAUGUCGGUGCUUAG